AUGGUGCUUUACAAAGGGCCACGGCUGCUGGAGUUUGCAAAGACCCCGACGCAUCUUCAGUUCAACAAAUAUGUCCUGACAGGUUACCGGCCGGUGUCCACAGCUCAGGAGUGCGUCAGGAGCCUCUUCUACUUGCACAAUGAGCUGGGGAACAUCUACACACAUGGCAUACCUUUUUUCCUUUUCUUGGUGCUGCUGCCUUUCAGCAUCCCCUGGGAGGAGGUGGACAGCGUCUGGAUCUGUGUGGUCCACUACUUGGCCUGCCUCUCUCCCACGGUGGGCUCAGUGGUCUACCAUGUGUUCAUGAACCAUGUGGGAGGAGAGCAUGUGUACGACACCCUGCUAUCCCUGGACAUGUUCGGGGUCUGCUUGGUAAACACCCUUGGCGCACUCCCCAUCAUCCACAUCACCCUUUUCUGUUACCCGGUCCUGCGACAAACUGCCCUGCUGACCUACAUCGUCUUGUCAACCUACAGCAUCUACUGUGCCACCACAGCCCGCACCAACGUCCUGCGCCUGCGAGCAUUUGUGUGGCAGGCCCUGUUCCGCUUCAUCCUCUUCCUUUUCCGGGUGUUCGGCAGUGGGGUGGGCAGCCCCGACUCACUUCGCCUCUUCGUUAUCAUGGACUCUCUCGCUGUGCUGGGAGGACUGGUCAACAUAAUCCAGAUCCCGGAGCGCUUCGUCCCGGGCCUGUUUGACAACUGGGGCAACAGCCACCAGAUCAUGCAUGUCAUGGUCAUUUGCUCCAUUAUCUACCUGCAUUGGGGCACACUGGAGGAUUUAGCCUGGAUUAAGACCUACCAGUGUCCGACUGAGUGA